AUGAGCAUCAUAAGUUGGAACUGUUGCGGGUUAGCGGCUUCUGCGAGAGUUUCGGAACUACAUAGUCUAUGUAAACAGAUUAAGCCGACAAUAAUCUUUUUUAUUGAAACAAGAGCAAAAGAAAAGACUGUAAGUAGAAUUAAGAAGAGGCUUCAUUUUGAAAAUGCCUUUUGUGUAGAACCCCGGGGUCUGUCCGGCGGUCUAUGUUUGUUUUGGAAUGCAAUAUAUAAAGUUGAUAUUUAUUUUUGGUGUGAUAACUAUAUUAAAGCUCGAAUUGUGGAUAAAGAAGGAAAUAUGUGGUUAUACAAUUUUGUAUAUGGUAAUCCUAAUUUUAAAAAAAGACAAGAGCAAUGGAGGGAGAUCACGGUCAAUUGCAGAAGUGAAGGUGAACCUCAGCUCUUCAUAGGAGACUUUAACGACGUUUUGAGUCAAGAGGAGAACGUGGAACUGCAUCCGAAGCCGCAGAACCAGGUCAGAGACUUCAGAAAUUUUGUAGAUUCAAAUGCUCUCAUAGAUUUGGAAUUGAAAGGAGGAGGGUUCACAUGGUUUAGCAAUCCAAGAAAUGGAUUUGUGACAAGGGAAAGAAUAGAUAGGGCGUUGGGCAAUUGGGAGUGGAGGAUGAUGUAUCCACAUGCCUAUCUUUCGUCAAUGCCUGCUAUUAGUUUGGAUCAUAGUCCUCUAAUUUUAGAUUUGAACCCUGUGCAUAAUGUUAGAAGGAGUUUUAAGUUCGAAGCUUUUUGGGCUGACCACGAAGAUUGUGAGAAGGUAGUGAGAAGGGGCUGGAGUAAACAUGAACCUAAUGGCUGCAAAUGGGGGAGAUUAACUAAUAAAAUCAAGAGUUGUAAGGAAGAGUUAAGAAAAUGGAGUAGAACUACCUUCAAACGGGCAGACAAAGAGAUUCAUUGUUUGAAGGAGGAACUUAAAAAAUUACAAGCCUCUGAUUUUUUAGAAGAAAAACAAGAGUAG